CUCCCACCUUGGUCCACCUCCCAAGCUCAACGCGUAUCGAUCAUCGCUCCAUCCAACCUCCUCUCCAUCACCACGCGCCAUCAACGCAUCGACCCACCAUCACACCUGCAAUCGUCAACCGUCGCAUACCUCUUGGGAUCUCAUCCACAAGCGCCUAAAUCCUCUAGGCUGCUGUGCUGCGUAUAGCCAGAGGUCAAAAUACCGCAUCGCACCCCGGCGGUACGCACCCUCGAGGGGUUCACAGGCACCUCGCACCCUUUGCCAGGCUACAGGUGUUGCUGCCCACAUUGCCAGGGUGGUGGAAAGUGGUUGCAAACCCUUUCCAUCUCCUUUUUGGUCGUGGGUCGGCUACCUGGGCUUAGGGACAACGUCUCUUCUCUCCUCUUUCGGGGGGUGGGAAGCUUCUGCUGGAACUGCGAAGCCCGUGUCUCUUGGGGGUGUCCUCCAGGCCAAGGCGGCGUGGACGGGCUUCCCUCGACGCAAUUCGUUGAUACAAUUCCUCUUUUUGUUGCGCAGAGUCAAGGCUGCUCCUUCGACGCUCGAAGAAAAGCCUGGGCGGGUGGGAUCCUGUGUCGAGCGCGCGCACAGGUCACUGCCGACACAGGGGUUCAACUUUUAGACACCCGCUGUUGAACUGAUCGUGUCGCUACUGGUUGCUAACUUUCUUUCGUCUUUCUCAGCAGGGAUUCAUAAAGUCGAAUACAAUGUCACAAGCCUCCACUUCUGCUUCCGUCGAGGGCGGCCCCGACGACGCCGUUGUCCGUCUCGAUGCUGUUCCCGCACUCAUCGAAUGGACAGGGCCCGAUGACCAAGUCAUCCGUCUCGGCGACUCGCUGUCCGCCUCUCCAGUGUCGCUCGACCUGGAAUUCAAUCCCACGGCCAAGACCACGUUCCUGAGACUUCGCAUCGGCGCCCAGGUCCACCGCGACUCGAACAAACAAACGCCUCUUUACCUUCACAUCGGGCCCGAUGACAUCAACACACUUGCCUGCCCAGACUCUAUACAAGAUCAGACCAACCAGGAUCAGCCUACUUCCGCACAUACUUCCUUCGACGUCAGGCUAAGAAGACCCGUGGCUUUGAUCGGUCCUCCGUUUCGGCUGCGCCCAUCCAAUAAGGCUCGAGUCAAUGUGAUAAACCAUGCAAGAGCACUGGCAGCCAGGCGCGACUUCUCAAUCCGUAUCCAAGAUGGCUUGCUAUCAGAAUCUCAGUACAAGGCAAUUUGCACGGCUGUUUACCACGAGUACUCCAGCACUGGGCGUCUGGACCUUGCCUCCUUGUAUGGUGGUCUUGGGGGCAAACAGCUCGUGGCAAGGGAUCCUGACGGGACCUCCACGCCUGAUGAUGGGAUAGAAGCGCCUCCGUCUUACGACGAGGUGGAGGGGCCGCCGCCAAUGGCACCCCUUUUCCAUGCGUCAGACCCAGGCCCGUCCAGCAAGAAGCGACGGCUGAGCAGCCCCGCCGCCGACCCAACCGCGUCCCUGCUAGCCGUCGAGGACAUAUGCAGGAAGCUCAUGGCCGAGCAGCAAGCCAAGACGGAGCAGUCGCUGCGGGCCCUAGAGGACAGGCUAACCGCGCACCUGGACAGCAGGUACGAGCGCCUGCGAGAAGAGGACGAGCAGGCUAGGGACAAGCUGUCGGCCGAGCUGAACUCGAGGUUCGGCGAGCUGCGGACCCAGGUCGACGGGCUAAAGCAGCAGGUCGGCGAGCACAACGGGAUCAUGGCCGAGGAGCUGGAGAAGCUGUCCGAGGAGAUCCAGGUCGUCAGCGACGACAUCGAGAGCAGGGUCGACCUCAGGGUGGAGGACGCCGCCGCGGGCUUCAGGCUCGAGCUCGAGGACUUCAUCCGCGACGAGCUGCGGGACGUCGAGGCGGCUGUUAGGGGCAGCCUGAGGCGGGCUAACGUGAGUAUAGAAUUCGAGGAUUAGUAGUAGAAAAACAAAUCAAAUCACUGUAGAUCCA